AUGAAGCUCCUCACCGUAGACAAGGAGAUCCUCCAACGCUCCUCCAAUUCCGAACCCGUCGCCAUCGUGGGCAUGGCAAUGCGGCUACCGGGACGAGUGCACACAGCGGCUGACUUCUGGAAACUCCUCACCGAAAAGCGAAGCGGACUCUGCGACGUUCCGGCAGAUCGUUACAACAUAGAUGGGUUCUAUGACCCUACCGGAAAGCCUGGAACCGUUCGUACCAAGCAAGGGUACUUCCUCGACGACGUCGACGUCCAGCAAUUUGAUACUUCAUCGUUCCCAAUUUCAAGAAAGGAAGUCGAGAGACUUGACCCAGAACAGAGACAUCUGCUCGAGGUCGCACACGAGUGCUUCGAAGAUAGCGGUGCGACUACAUUCAGAGGCCAGAAAAUCGGCUGCUACAUUGGCGUUUUCGGCGAGGAUUGGCUCGACUUGAACGCAAAGGAUACCCAGCAUCGUGGAGGAUACCGUGUUACUGGCUAUGGCGACUUCGCGCUGGCCAAUAGAAUUUCUUAUGAUCUUGAUCUUCAUGGUCCAAGUAUGACCAUCAAAACGGGCUGCUCGUCGGCCCUCGUCGGCCUCGACCUCGCCUGCCAAGCCAUCCGCAACGGCGACUGCGAUGGCGCUCUCGUUGGAGGCGUUAACCUCAUCUUCUCUCCAACUAUGACACUGGCUCUCAGUGAGCAGGGUGUCCUCUCACCAACCGGAACAUGCAAAACCUUCGACGCAGCAGCCGACGGGUACGCUCGAGGUGAGGCCGUCAACAUGCUGUACGUCAAGCGUCUCAGCCAGGCUCUCACCGACGGUGACCCCAUCCGUGCCGUUAUUCGUGGCACCAGCACCAACUGUGAUGGACGUACUCAGGGGAUGAUCACUCCGAGCUCGACGUCCCAAGAGGCACUCAUUCGCCGCGCUUAUGAAUCUGCCGGCAUCAAGAACCUGGCUGAGACUGCUUUGUUCGAGUGCCAUGGUACAGGUACCUCCAUUGGUGACCCAAUUGAGGUCUCUGCAGUUGGCAGGUGUUUCGGACACAGGGGUAUCACCAUCACAUCCGUCAAGCCAAACGUCGGUCACUCAGAAGGUGCCGCCGGAUUGACAAGUUUGAUCAAGGGCAUCCUCGCCUUGGAGCACCGCAUGGUGCCACCAAACAUCAAUUUCUCGACUCCAAACCCUAAGAUUCCAUUCGAUCAGUGGAAGCUCCAUGUCCCUACUGAGGUCGAGCCUUGGCCUCAAGGACGGGCAGAGCGAGUCAGUGUCAACUCCUUCGGUAUCGGAGGUGUAAAUGCCCAUGCAAUCAUCGAAUCUCCAUGGCAAUAUGGACUCAGCACACCCACCAUCGACGGCGGUUUCGCCGCUGAAGCUACCGACAAGGCUCAACUCUUCCUGUUCUCUGCCAAUGGUACUUCCUCGCUCGAGGAGAACAUUGACAACCACAAGCAAUGGCUAGAGGCUACGCCUUGCUCACUCCCAGAUGUUGCAUUUACUCUUGCCAACCGACGAGAACAUAAGCAGCAACGCGCCUACGCCAUCGGUAAGAGUGCUGCCUCGCUGGAGACCUCUGCUAUUGGAAAGGUGUCUGCAUCAGCACCACCGAUUGUGUUUGUCUUCACCGGCCAGGGAGCGCAAUGGCCGCAGAUGGGUGUCGAUCUCAUCGACUCUAACACGUCCUUCCGCAACACCAUCAAGAGGCUGGACGGUUUCUUGCAGUCACUGCCUACUCCACCUCCGUGGACAGUUGAGAAUGAAUUGCGCAAGACUGGAGAGUCGAGCUUGGUGCACAAGGCCGAGAUGGGUCACCCCUUGUCCAUCGCAGUGCAAAUCGCCCUGAUUGAUGUCAUCCGUUCCUGGGGCAUCGAGCCAACCCUCGUGUUGGGACACUCAUCUGGAGAGAUGGCCGCAGCAUACGCCAGCGGCUCCAUUACAGCCGAAGGCGCCAUGGCAGCUGCAACCUUCCGUGGCAGCAGCCACAACGAAGGCCACCUCGAAGGCUCCAUGGCAGCGAUCGGCCUGGGCAAGGAAGGUGUGCUGCGGUACAUGGAGCCCGGUGUCGUUGUUGCUUGCGAGAAUAGCCAGUCUAGCGUGACUAUCUCCGGUGACAAGGAGCAGGUUACCAAGGUCGUGGAGAAGAUCAAGGCAGAGCAGCCUGGUGUCCUGGCAAGGCCUCUCAAGGUCGAGAAGGCUUUCCAUUCUCACCACAUGUGGGAACUCGGCCCUUCGUACGAGCAACACAUCCAGCCUUUCGUUCACAGCAGCAACCCAAGAGUGCCAUUCUUCUCCAGUGUGACAGGUCAGAGACUUACCGGCUCCGGCUGCUUGGGCGCGUCGUACUGGCGCCAGAACAUGGAGAACCCCGUGCUCUUCAACUCGUCCCUCCGCUCUGCCCUUGAAGACCUGCCGGAUGGUUCAAUCCUGAUCGAGAUCGGUCCACACCCAGCUCUCAAGGGUCCCAUCGGACAGAUCCUGCGUGACCUCGGCCGCUCUCAGGACACCCAUCUGGCAACUCUCCAGCGCGGAAAGAGCGACCAUGAGAGUCUCCUGCACUUGGCGGGUAAGCUCUUCCAGCAGGGUGUGCCGCUUGAGUAUCUCGCUUUCUGCCCUCAAGGCCACGUCGUCUCGGAUCUGCCACGCUAUGCCUGGAAGCGAGAGACGAAGCACUGGCUUGAACCACGUAUUGCGAACCAGUGGAGAAUGCGUGAGCAUCCACCCCAUGAGCUUCUAGGCUCGAGGGUGCUGGAAGCGGGUAGCGAGCCUUGCUGGCGCAAUAACCUUGCCUUGGAAGAUGUUCCUUUCAUUGAGGGCCAUCAAGUCAACCAGCAGAUCGUCUUCCCAGGUGCUGGAUACAUCGCCAUGAUCACUGAGGCUUUGAGGCAGCUUGAAGUCUCCACAAGCUACACGCUCCGGAACGUCCAUCUCGUCUCUGGUCUUGUCCUCAAGCCCGAGACUGUCGUCGAGAUCUCGACCUCGCUUAAGCGACAGAUGGUGGACUCCUCCGAGCAAUCGUCGUGGUACUCGUUCACCAUCAGCUCGUACAACGGUCACAGCUGGGUGCGAAACUGCUUUGGUGAGGCCAGGGCCGGCGUGCCUCAAGCGAGCUCGCUAGGCACUGCAGAGGUGUUCCCGCCACUGCCACGAAAAGUAGGCUCUGACGCUUGGUACGACGUCCUGAAGCGCCAGGGCUUCGAUUACACUGGAGUCUUCCAGGGCAUGGAUCACAUCUCCACUACGCCGACUGGUAAUCCCCAGGCCAUCGCACGUGUUGCCAACACUGUUCCUGAGAACAUCAGAUUCCAUUACCCAGUCCACCCAGCUCUGAUCGACCGAUGCUUCCAACUAUUCACCGUUGCGGGAUACCGUGGUAUCGGUCGUGACUGCACGCAGAUUGCCGUGCCAACCUUCAUCGAGGAAGUCGUCCUCUCCAACACGACUGAGGACCUCGACGUCUCGGCUAAGAUUGUUUCAGCCGAGCGGGGCUCGUUUGUUGGAGACCUUACCGCCCAGAAUGGUACCCACCAAGUCUUCUCUCUGAAGGGCUUCAAAGCUUCGGCGGUCACAAGCGGCGACGACGCUGAGGUCGAUGAGGCGAAGGUCUCGUCGAUUGAAUGGCGCCAACACGCGGAUCUCGCCGACCUCUCUAAAGCCAUCAAGGCUCGAGGGGACCGUCCUGAAGAGUGGUCGUUGAUCGAAGAGCUCGUGGUGCUUGCUGCAUUGGGCCACGCUCAGAACCUCACCAUCGAGGACGACACGCCAGUCUAUCUCGCCAAGUUCCUGGUCUGGGCCAACACUCAGGUGCAGGAGUACACCGCCGGCAGCAACGUCUUCGUGCCCAACAGUCUGAAGCUGGACACCCUCGACAACGCCCAGCGCGAGGCUCGCAUCAGCGAGAUCAUGAGCGCGAUCGCCUGGUCUCCAUACGCCGUCUUCGCCAUCGCAAUCCACAGACUGUACGAAAAGGCCGCUGAGAUCUUCAAAGGCGAGGUCCACCCUCUCCACAUCCUCAUGGAAGACGACGUCCUCACCAACUUCUACGCCGUGGGUGACUUCCUCGACUACUCCGGCCUGAUCAAGACCCUGGCGCACACGAACCCACAGCUUCGCAUCCUCGAAGUCGGUGCUGGUACUGGUGGCACUACCAUCCAGGUCUUGGACGCUUGCAAGUCUUCCAACGGUGAGCGGAUGUAUGGCACUUACACAUACACCGACAUCUCUGGAGGCUUCUUCCCGGCUGCCAAGGAGCGGUUCGCGGAGUAUGAGAACAUGGAAUACACUGUAUUCGACAUCACCAAGGAUCCGGUCCAGCAGGGCUUGGAGCUUGGCUCAUAUGACUUGAUCGUUGCGUAUAACGUGGUCCAUGCUACGCCGUCGAUCAAGGAGUCGCUUCAGAAUCUGCGCAGCCUCCUGAACCCGCAGGGUCGACUUCUGUUGCAGGAGCUUUGCCCAGAUGCCAAGUUCACCAACUAUGUUAUGGGCUUCUUGUCAGGCUGGUGGCUCGGUGAUGAAGAUGGUCGCCCAGAGCAGCCUUACAUCAGCACCACCCGCUGGUCCGCUGAAUUGGCCGCUGCUGGUUUCCAAGCUCCAGAAGCGAUCGUCAUGGAUCGUCCAGUCCCAUACCAGAGCAGCGCUGGUAUCCUGGCCUCUGCGGCACUACGGAGCGAGCGCUCUACUCGAGUCACUCUGCUCAGCUACGCAGAAGACAGUCCCUUUGUCAAGGAGCUGAGCGCUUACUUCCAGUCGCAGGGCGUUGAGGUCGAUAUCUGCCGCUUUGGGGAGGCUCUUCCGGAAGGUCAAGACGUCGUCUCGCUACUCGACCUGCAGGCACCGCUUGUGCACGAUCUCGACAGCCACUCGUUCCAGCAGCUGUUCGACCACCUCAAGACCCUAAAGACCAAGAUGAUCUGGCUCACGCGCUCGGCGCAAGUCAACUGCCAGGACCCCAGAAACGCUAUGAUCCUUGGCCUGGCCCGUACUGCGCGCAAUGAGAUGUCGCUCAAGCUUUUCACAGUUGAGGUUGAUGACGCUUGUGCCACGCCGUUCAUGACCGAUGCUGUGGGUCGUAUCCUCUGGAGGAUCAACACGCUGAACAUCCACGGCGAUGCGACAGAUCCAGACUGGGAGUAUGCCCUCGUCAAAGAUGAGAUCCUCGUUCCCCGUAUCCACUGGCAGGAUAUGAGUGAUGCUCUCACGAAGGCUGUCCCAGAGACAGAGUCAAGCUCUAAGACUCUGAACAUUCGCACUCCCGGCCUGCUUCAGACUAUGGAGUGGGUCGAAGAGGGCAAUCUCAAGGUUGGCAACGAUGAAGUCCUUGUGGACAUCAAGGCCACCGGUCUGAACUUCCGCGAUGUCCUGAUCGCCCUCGGUGUUCUGGAAAACAGCACUCGCGAGCUCGGUCUCGAAGGCGCUGGUGUUGUCCACACCGUCGGCAGCAAAGUUGGCAACAUUCGUGCUGGCGACCGCGUCAUGUUCAUGUCCAGCGGAUGCUUCUCCACUCAGAAGAUCGUCCCUGCUAGCGCUUGCGUUCGUAUCGAUGAUAGCAUGAGCUUUGAGCAGGCUGCUGGCAUGCCUUGUGUUUAUGCCACUGCUGCCAUGGCACUGGUCGACAAGGCCAGAAUCCAGCCUGGACAGACCCUCCUCAUCCACUCCGCCUGCGGUGGUGUCGGUCUCGCAGCGCUCGAGAUCGCCGGUCACCUCGGGGCGAACAUCUACUGCACCGUCGGAAGCGAGCGAAAAAUCCAGUACCUGAUGGACAACUACGGCAUCGAGCGCUCGCACAUCUUCAACUCGCGCGACUCGUCCUUCCUGCCAGAUGUCAUGGCCGCCACGAAGGGUCGCGGAGUCGAUGUUGUUCUCAACUCGCUUUCCGGCGAACUCCUCGAGGCUUCGUGGAAGUGCGUUGCUGAGUUUGGUACUAUGAUCGAGAUUGGCAAGCGAGACUUCCGUCGACGUGCGAAGUUGGCUAUGGAGGCUUUCGAGGCUAACCGAACGUUCGUCGGGCUCGAUCUGUUCCAAGUGGCCUUCAAGCAGCCGAAGCAGGCCGCUGAGCUUCUCGAUCGCUGUGUCGAAUGGAUCCGCAACGGGUCAAUCAAGCCCAUGACCAUUGCCGACACCUUCUCCGCCACUGCCAUCCGUGAUGCCUUCCGCUUCAUGCAGGGCGGUCAGCACAUUGGCAAGAUUGUCGUCACCAUGCCUGAAGACGUCGAGGAGCUGCAGUCUUCCCAGGCUCUGCCCGAGAUUAACCUUCGGGGUGAUCGUAGCUACCUCCUUGUUGGUGGUUUGGGCGGUCUGGGACGUGCUGUUGCGACGUGGAUGGUCGAGCGUGGUGCUCGUCAUCUCAUCUUCAUGUCUCGUUCGGCUGGAGAUAAGUCGCUCACUGCGGCUUUCGAGGACGAGCUUGCUGCACAAGGCUGUCAGGUGCAGUUUGUCCAAGGAAGUGUUGUCAACGCCGCAGAUGUGGAGCAGGCUGUCAACAUUGCGGCAGCUCCUAUUGCGGGUGCCAUCAACAUGUCCAUGGUUCUGAGGGAUAUCGCUCUCCCCGAACUGACCUACCCUGACUGGAAGACCUGCGUCGAGCCCAAGGUCAACGGCACAUGGAACCUCCACAAGUACCUCCCAAGCGAGCUCGACUUCUUCAUCCUGUUCUCCUCCUACAGCGGUAUCGCAGGCCAAUGGGGCCAGGCAAACUACAGCGCAGCCAACACUUUCCUGGACGCCUUCGUCCAACACCGCCACGGCCUCGGUCAAUCCGCCUCUGUCAUCGACAUCGGCGCCAUGGGCGAAGUCGGAUUCGUCUCGCAGAACCAGGACAUCAUGACCAAGUUCCACAAGACCGGCAUGCGCCUGCUGACGGAGAACAACCUCCUUAACGCCAUGGCCUUGGCCAUCCUCCGCUCCACCCCUCACGACACCAAAACUGCUGACGGAGGCUACCUCCAAUCCAGCCAGAUCCUCACGGGCUUCGAGACCGUCGUCCCCAUCUCCUCGCCCACGAACCGCGUGGCGUGGAAGCGCGACGUCCGCAUGAGCAUCUACCACAACAUCAACGGCGCAACCGAAACUUCCACAUCCUCCGCCGCCGAGGAAGACGGUCUGAAAGCCCUCCUGUCCUCCGCUGAAGCGAAGUCCAGCGUCCUCUCCGAGAACGACGGCGCAGAGGCGAACCAGGUCAUUGCAAAGGGUCUCGCAUCAGCCCUCAGCCAUAUCCUCGUCAAGGACGAAGAUUCCAUGCACCUUGAUCAGCCUCCGGAGGCUCUGGGCGUGGACUCGCUGGUGGCGAUGGAGGUGCGGAACUGGAUCCGGAAGCAGACGGCGGCGGAUAUCAGUGUGUUUAUCAUUUUGCAGAGCACUUCGCUGCUCGAUCUAGCGAAUAACAUCAGGACGGCGGUUUUGGCCAGGCUAGAGGCGAGCUCUUGA